AUGGUAAUGAUGCGCUACGUGCUGUGUAUCCUCGCUCUCCUGCUCUCCUGUGCGUGUGUGCACGUCCUCGCUGAAGAAGUGCCUGCCGCCGAUCUUUCCGACCAAGUCCCUGAUACGGAGAGUGAGACAAAGAUUGUUCUUCCAGAUACUUCUGGUAAGAAUUGCACUAAUGGUGGUCCUCCGGAUUCUUCUGGUAAAUGUAAUUCUCUUCUUGAGAAACCUGGACUUGGUGCUGAUGGUUCUCCGUGCCGUCGUACUACUGAUUCUUCUGCUGAUUGUACUUCUCAUGGUGUGAAAGCUAAACUUGAACCUGUUGCUUCGGAGUGCAAUUCUGUUUCUUCUGGUAAUCCUGGUACUUGUACUCCUCUUACUGUACAACAACCACCAGCAACAUCUCCAGCACUACAACCAGUAUUACCACCACCACCACAAGUAAAGCAAGAAGAAGUGCAUCAAAAAGAAGAUAAGGAACAUUCAAAAGAGGCACCACAUAAUGAUGAACACUCUGGUGUGCAAACAGCUGAUAAUCGUGUGAGCACAGAGAGUGAAAGUGACCCAGCAGGAAGUGAAGGCCGAGAGAAUACGUCAUCUACAGCAGGUAAUGCAGACUCACAGAACCCACAACAAAACACAACAGAAGGACAGGCAACGACGUCAUCAACUGAAGACACACCUUCAUCUGGAGACGGUGAUUCCAACAACACCAACCCACAAACUCAAUCGGAAAGUGCAAAUGAAGGUGGUGACAGCAAUCCCAGUAAUCAGACUACUACAGCUGCAGAUGAGACUGGCACAGAAGGUUCACUGGAGAAUGUCAAUGCUGAAUCAUCAACUACGACCACCACCACAACAACAACACUUCCUCCUGAACUCACAAACAACAAGAAGGGUGAUGCAGACAGCAGCAGCAGUAUCAGCAGUUCUGUGUGGGUGCGUGUACCACUACUGAUUGUGGUUACACUGGCCUGUAUUCUUGUGUGCUGA